AUGUCAGCAGCAGCAGCAACAAUCACACAAGCGCAGCCAGUUACAACUGAUGCCAGUCCCCGGUCCAGCUCGACCUCCUCAGACGACGCUUCGACCCUGAAGCCCGCCACACAGGCAUCGUGGAAGAGCAGGAAACAUGGCCUACACCAUGGCAAAUCCAAUCGCACAGCAUCACAAAAGCGAUCCAAAACUUUUUGGAAGUCUUUCAAAUACCUCCUCGACCUCACGCCAAAACAAGUAGACGACUUCAUGGCAUCAUACGUGAUAUAUGGUCUCGACUGGGCGGACGAGCAGCAAAUGAUUGCAACCCUGGGGCCCGAUUACCGCCAAAAGGUCGGCGACUGUCUGCAGUCUUACUACGGCGUUCUCAACCAUCUUUGCGCUUUGGGCGAGGUAGAAAAGAUGUACAUCCCCCCGCUAAUGGACAAGAAGGCUUCCGUACUGGAAAACCAGGUUUUGUACGAGGAGUCAAUCGCUCAAGACAUUGGCCUCAAGCACGGCGACAGGGUUCUCGACCUAGGAUGCGGUCGUGGGAGGGUUGCGGCUCACAUGGCCUCUAUUACCGGAGCCAAAAUAACUGGCUUGAACAUUGAUCCGAACCAGGUUGCUCAGGCAAGGGAGUUCAACGAGCAGAUGGGCCUGGAAAACAGCUUCACAAUCCAGGACAUGAACGACCUCCCGCUGCCGUUUGAAGACAACUCAUUCGACGCCUUCUACCAGAUCCAGGCACUGAGCUUGUGUAAAGACCUGCCGCGGCUCUUCAGCGAACUCCGUCGCGUCCUCAAGCCCGGCGCCAAGAUUUCGCUGUUGGAUUGGGUUAGCUUGCCGACGUAUGACCCCACUAACCCGGAGCAUGCGGAGCUAAUGCGGCGGACGAAGCCGCUUAUCGGGGCCGUGGGAACGCCGACGCCGCAGACAUUUGAGACGGCACUAACGGACGCUGGGUUUACCGUGAUCAAGUCGGAUAACGCAAGCAUUGACGGCUUGCAGGCGCCGCUGAUCGAUAAGGCGGACGUCUACUUCCGGAGUUUGCGGCAGGUUAUUUUGGGACUUGUAAAGGUCAGGCUGCUACCACCUCAUUUCAAGACGCUCAUCAACCGGCUUUGUUUGGAUGGGCAGGCGUUUGUGAAGAUGGAUAACAUGAGGCUUGUUUCGACGAGCUAUCGGAUCAUAGCACAGAAGAAUUAG